AUGACAAGCACCUUGGUACAGAUUGCACGGCUGUUUAAUAUGUAUUUUCUGGCAGAGCUAUCUAAACUCUCCGUCACUCAAAUUAUUGGACAUGUCGCUGAACCCUUACUGAAUAUCAUCCGGUGUGACGGUUGGCAAAGUGCUACUCACUUUGACCCUAUUGUGGAACGCGAUCUUUCUUUCGAAUCAUUAAAUGGAUCUGAAUGGAUAUUUACGCCACUUGCUCAAAAAGAGGAGCCAAAAAUUCGAUCCCCCCGUGCAUCACAACGAGAGAAAGCCGCAACAGACAGGCCACAAUCCAAACAGGCCCUGUUAUAUCAAUGGCUCUCUUCCAACAUCGAAAUGAAUUAUGCAUCAGAGGUGAAAAGACAACAACAGGCUAUCAUUGAAACGCGACAACGACAAGCUGCCUUUAAUACACGAAAUCAUCAUUAUCAAAAUAUUGCGGGCAUUAUUCACGAUGAUACUUUUCCCCCUAGUCCACCUUCCGUUCUCACAAAGAAGAGGAAGCAUGGGGUUUAUCAAGAAUACAAUUUAAAUCUCUUGGCCGAACAAGCCACUCAAAUGCGAGGUUUACCCAUCUCACCUGAAAUAUCUCCUUCUCCUCCUCCAUUCUAUCACCAGCAAAGACUACCUUCCAUCAAAGUCAUGUUGUCAGAAUUACAUAAAUAA